CUAUUGAAAAUUUAAACCUUUUAAAUUAAUGUUAUAGAAUACCUCUUGUUCUUCUUAGCCAAUAUCCACAAUUUAUUUAAUAUUUUAAAUUAAAUUUAUAUUAUUAUUAUAUUCCUUAUGAGUAUAAUACAACAUCGUUCAGCUUUAUGUUUAGCUGGUCAACCUUAAUGUAAAAAAUCUACAACCAAUAUGAAUAUCACCAAUCGUAUAGUAGUAACUCCAUUGGGAGCUGGUCAAGAUGUUGGCCGUAGUUGUAUUUUGAUAACAAUUGGUGGUCGCAAUAUUAUGCUUGACUGUGGAAUGCAUAUGGGCUACCAAGAUGAGCGAAAAUUUCCUGAUUUCUCGUACAUUACUACAGAUGGUAAUAUUACUGAUAUUAUUGAUUGUGUGAUUAUUUCACAUUUUCAUUUGGAUCACUGUGGUGCGCUGUCAUACCUUACCGAACAUCUUGGUUAUCAUGGGCCAAUUUAUAUGACACACCCUACUAAAGCUAUUGCACCAAUUUUGUUGGAAGACAUGCGUAAACAUUUAGUGGAAUAUGAAGAAGAAGCAAAGUAUUUUACAUCGAGUGCAAUUAGAGACUGUAUGAAAAAAGUAACUGCGGUGAAUUUACACGAAGUCGUAACUGUGAAAGAUGAUAUUGAAUUGAAAGCAUAUUACGCAGGACAUGUUUUAGGAGCUGCCAUGUUUUAUAUAAAAGUAGGUACCGAUUCCGUAGUAUAUACUGGAGAUUUUUCUAUGACACCAGAUCGUCAUUUAGGAGCUGCAUGGAUCGACAAAUGCAGGCCAUCUUUGCUCAUAACCGAAUCGACUUAUGCUACAACUAUAAGAGAUUCCAAGAGGUGCAGAGAAAGAGAUUUUUUAAAAAACGUUCACGAGUGUAUAGAUAGAGGUGGCAAAGUUUUAAUACCAAUAUUUGCGCUGGGAAGAGCCCAAGAACUUUGUAUCCUCAUUGACACAUAUUGGGAUCGUAUGGGACUGAAGGUUCCUGUUUAUUUCGCUGCCGGACUUACUGAAAAAGCUAAUAGUUAUUACAAGAUGUUUAUAACUUGGACAAAUCAAAAAGUCCGACAGACAUUCGUACAACGAAAUAUGUUCGAUUUUAAACACAUCAAACCAUUUGAUAAAACCUAUAUGCAUAAUCCGGGUCCGAUGGUUGUGUUUGCGACACCUGGUAUGUUACACGCAGGGUUGUCUUUAAAUAUAUUUAAAAAAUGGGCUCCUGAUGAGAAAAAUAUGUUAAUUGUACCUGGUUAUUGUGUAUCAGGGACAGUUGGCAAUAAAGUGUUAAGUGGAGCGAAGAAAAUUGAAGCCGAACCAAAUAAAUUUAUAGACGUGAAAAUGUCCGUAGAAUAUUUAUCGUUUUCAGCUCAUGCCGAUGGAAAAGGUAUUAUACAGUUGAUAAAAAAUUGUGAACCACAGAACGUCCUAUUAGUGCACGGAGAAGAAGAAAAAAUGAAAUUUUUAAAAGCAAAAAUUAUGCAAGAAUUUAAUAUAAAUUGUUACAUGCCUGCCAAUGGAGAAACUGUUGAAAUCGAAACUGCAAAUGUACAUACAUUUAACAUGAGUACAAAACUCAUUAAAGAAUUACUAGAUGAUCCAACUAAUAAUUUGGGAAAUGGAAAACGUUUAGUUCAUGGGGCAUUUCUUUUAAGAAAAGGAGUCCCAAACUUAGAUGCUAUGAGUGUAAAGGACACGUUUAAAGAAUUAGACAUCCAACGUCACACGCUAAGAUUUACGUGUACACUGGAAAUUAAUGAAUCGUCUACAGUCCAAAAGACCAAGUCAAAACUCUAUUCUUUGUUGGAGACCAAAUUACCGUUGUUCAAAAAUAAACUUGCCAUGUCUGAUGGGUCAAUAUCUUUGGCGUCAAUUUUGAUCAACGUCGAAGAUGGUAAUGAUAGCAGCACUAAAAAAAUUGUUAUUUCAUGGGCUAAUGAGGAUGAACCGUUAGGAGAUAGUGUUGUCGAUAUGGUGCAAAAUUUGAAUACACUGUGUACAUCUUAGGAAUAAAAAAAAGAGAUUUUAUAGUGUCAAAAAUCCUAUAGAAAAAAUAAUUAUGUUAAUAUUUUGUAUAUUUGUAUAAAUUUAAAUAUCAAAAUGCUUUAGAUUUUUGUUUAAAUGAGUUUGUCUUUAUUUUAAUUGUAAAUUAUAAAUACAACUGUUGUAAUACGGUGCCAUCGUGGACUUCCAAGGUUCACACUCAGUUCAAAUCACAAUGAUCGAAGUUAUCUCUGAACAUAUCAGAACAAAAUUAACUGGAAUCAGAUGAAGGUAAAAAUGACUUUACUCUCCAAUCUCUAUAUUAUAUUAUGAUUACAAUUAAAAUUUUUAAAGUCUCAAGUUUAUUAUCGUAAUAAUUGUUCAAAUGUUUUACACUUUAAUUAUUUUAUUGACAUAAAUCAAAAAUCUUCUUUACUUAUAAUAUUAAUAUCUUCGUGUGUUAUCUCAUUUUCUUUGAAUAUAUCGGUAAUAUUGUGUUCCAUCAUUUUAUCAA